CUAUUGCCGGCUUCAUCCCACCAGCUGCCUUCGCUAACAUAUAUUACUCAGUUGUGACGUGAUGACGAAUUUUGUCAAUUAAUUCAAGAUACUUAGGUAUGCAUACAAUUAGACCCAUUACUAUAUAUAGUAAUGGACAGCGGCGUAGCAGAUAUGUUAAAUUAGUUGUUAUGGGUCUAAUUGAACCCCUUGUUCGUUCUAUGGGCCCUCGCGUCGCUGUACCUAUUAUGGUUGUUUUCCGUUGAAGUGAUAAUAUGAUGUCGAGAGACUACACAAGUAAAAGCUAGGUAAUUGAAGAAAUGCGCGAAGCUACUUACUCGAUAUAACACACAUCAAAAUCCCCUCUAUAUUGCAUCCAUUCAAGCCAACAUCUCGUAAAGCGCGCCAGACUCAAUAGACGUAGGACGUGGCAGUUCUACGUAACUCCAGACUUGACUUUGGCUUUCGUCGUGGCGUAGCGAAAGACUAUUCAAUGCGUAAGUUCGUACUAUUGUGCUUCUAUUAAGAUAUUGAAGGCUGGAAGGGACACGGACUAAAUCGAUGACAUAUUGUGUCUUUAAAAACACCCACUGGUACAUGUCUUCCUGCCCUUCUAUUCGCAUCCGGAUUAUCGUUGAAGUGACUCGCUUUAUUCCUGAUUACACGACGAUGGAUGCAUUGUACGAAGAUAUUUUUGGCUCGGAAGAGAUGGGCUCUGACUCAACUGUCUGCUCGGUUGGUACUGUUUCCUGCGAUCAAUGCGAAAAUUCAGACACCCCAUGCGAAAAAUGCGAGUCCAAAUGGCUAUUACACGCCAGCCAAUGCGAUAAAUGCAAACUUCUAAAGAAGCCGGCCCGCAAAUCACGUUUAGAACUAUUAUGUUCUAAUAAGUCGGCGGCGCGAACCCGAUCCAAGCCUCCAUCGCUUCGGGGUGUAGCCGAAGAACGAGCUCCGAAAGUUGGAACACAGGCGGACGGAAUACGUCAAACCAACGAAGUUUCGCAGGGUUGGCACAGAGAAUGGCAGGACUGGAAAAAUCGGGAGGAAGCAGAGCGAUGGAGACGAUUGGAACGAUUAGAACGGCGUGAGCGACGGCGGGAAGAAGAAGAGAUGGCCGCCAGACGUCGUCAAGAUCCCACAGAGAUAUUAGAACCCAGUAGGCCGGUUCUCACUGAUCUUCCUCCAAGAAAUUUCGUCCAUAUUGUCUUGAUGAGGAAACGCGACACGGGAAUGGCGCUACCAUAUCUUAAGCAUAACGGGAUCACAUGGAUAGUAUACACACUGUCUUAUUUAAGAGGCACUGCUCAUGCAGUUGGUGUUUGGGCGAAUUGCGAACCCCCUCCCCCUACACUCGAUGAAAUUAUGGAACUGGUGUUAUCGAUGGGGUCUGGUGGUUUUGAUUGGGCUCGUUGCUGGGUGCUGCUCUCAUAUCGUAGAGGAGGAAAGGAGCCGUGGGUAUCAACUAGAAGGACUUGGGUCGGAUCUUGAUGCUCGCUUGACUCUUCGCGUUAGGAGGGACGGUUCCCUGUAUGUGGAUGAUAUGCGUGCGUAUCACCAUAGGAAACAAGUCGGUCGUUAUAGUAGCUUGCCGCUUGAUUCGGCGUUCUCGCUGACCGAGGGAGAUCCAUGAAAAGCACCGACAGCGGAAAUGAGUCUCGAAGCCAGGAAUUGAAGCACUUCCUCAACUAAAAUUUACAAGAUACUGUGU